GCGUGCGAGUGCGCGAUCUGCCUCUCGUGCCACCCCGAGGGCCCCGUGCGGCUGCCGUGCGGCCACGUGUUCUGCGGCGCGUGCGUCGAGCCCUGGCUGCGGCGCUGCGCGCUGUGCCCGACGUGCCGCCGCGACCUGCGGCCGCCGCUGGCCGCUCUGCGCGGCGGCGGCUCCCACGAGGCGAACACUGGGCGCUUCCUCUCCGCGCGCUGCCCCUCGCCCGCCGCCGCGGGCCUCGGGACGCGCCACGCGUCGCACCCCGCGCCCCUGGCGCCCGCGGCGGCGCCCCACCUGGCCCCGGGUGCCGCCGUGGACGCGGCCUCGGAGGCGACCUCCGAGCCGACCGGCACGAUGCGCCG